ACACAUUUUCUCGACCACUUCCUUGUGCACGAUAUUCAAAUAUUCAAUGUGAAGGGACAUUCCAACACUUUGUCAACAUACACACGCCAGCUCAAUUCAUACCGUACUCGAUGCACACGCUGUCAAUAUCGCAAACUCAUCAUUCUUUCCGGAACACAUUCCUGUCCCCGAUUUAUUGGAUUAUACAUGCUUGAAUGGGGUAUCGAAAUCAUUGUUGAAUCAGUUAACCUUGCUGAGAGGUUUAUGACCAACGCGCCAUUAAAAUCAUAUUCAUUAAACGGACGGUGUGAACCAGAUGUUCUAAUGAUAGCUCCUGUCUCUCAAGGCAGUUUUAUGGAUCGUGUGUACUUUGGCCUAGAUAUGUCUCUCCGCUCCUUGUUUUGUUCUUCUAUCCUCAGCCAGUACAGGUCAACCAUUGUUUCGUUGCGGAUCCACUCCCAAGGCCGUGGCCCUCAACCCCGUCCGCUGGAACCGCGGUUGCGAGUUCGUGGUAACAGCUCACAUUUCAUUGGUUCUCUGUCUACGCAGGCGUUUCGACGCGUCUUGACAAUAUUCCAAAACUGCUCUAAAACCUGCAUAAAUGCUCAAGGAAAGACAUUCCAGUCUUCUACAUUGGACAUCUUUCCGACUAUGGCCUUCAAAGCUCUCGCCACUCUUCUCUCCGUCGUUGUCACAAUUCAGGUCGCGAACGCUGCCUUGACCAGGCGCGUUGCUUGCGCCGACGGUGUCAACACAGCGACAAACGCUGCUUGUUGCGCUUUAUUCGCCAUUCGAGAUGACAUCCAGGAGAACCUCUUCGACGGUGGCGAAUGUGGAGAGGAGGUCCACGAAUCCCUCCGGCUCACAUUUCACGACGCCAUCGGCAUUGGUUCCACUGGUGGUGGAGGUGCUGACGGCUCAAUGAUUAUCUUCGAUGAAAUCGAGACAAACUUCCAUGCCAACAACGGAGUCGACGAGAUCGUCGACGCUCAGAAGCCCUUCAUUGCUAAACACAACAUUACUGCUGGUGAUUUCAUUCAGUUUGCUGGUGCCAUUGGUGUAUCCAACUGUCCGGGUGCGCCUCGUCUCGAAUUCUUCUUGGGACGGCCCUCUGCGAUUGCUCCGGCUCCAGACUUGACUGUACCGGAGCCUUUCGAUACCGUUGACAGCAUCCUGGCUCGGUUCGCCGAUGCCGGUAACUUCAGCCCUGCCGAGGUUGUCGCUCUUCUUUCUUCACACACGAUCGCUGCUGCCGAUCAUGUUGACGAGUCUAUUCCGGGAACGCCAUUCGAUUCCACACCCGAGACCUUCGACACCCAGUUCUUUGUCGAGACCCAACUGAGGGGUACCCUCUUCCCUGGAACCGGCGGUAACCAAGGAGAAGUCGAGUCUCCCUUGCGUGGGGAAAUCCGUCUACAAUCUGAUUCUGAGCUGGCUCGUGACUCGAGGACCGCUUGCGAGUGGCAGUCGUUCGUCAACAACCAGGCGAAGAUGCAGAACGCAUUCAAAGCCGCCAUGCUUAAGCUGUCCAUCCUCGGACACGAUAUUAACAACAUGGUUGACUGCUCUGAGGUGAUUCCCGAGCCACCAACCUUCACCGGAUCUGCUACCUUCCCUGCCGGCCUAUCUCACAAUGAUGUCGAGCAAGCGUGCGCUACUACUCCCUUCCCCACUCUUGCCUCCGACCCAGGCCCGGCGACUUCGGUUGCACCUGUUCCCCCAUCUUAAAUGGGUUACCACCUCUCUUCAUUGUAUCUCGUAUUUAGUUGUGUAUAGGUAUAGGUGUAUGUGUAUUCCACAUCAUGUAUUUAGUGUCACUGAAUUCU